CGGGAGCGGGGCCGGGGCUGAGGGAGGCUGUGGCACUGGCAGCCGUCCCGGGCCGGGGUCUCCGUGCAGGAGCCUUCCCGAGGGUGAGGUGACCGCGUGUUUCUGUCAGGGCUGCAGCAGGCGGCAUGAGCAAGGGCAAGGACGAUGCUCCGCACGAGCUCGAGAGCCAGUUCGUGCUGCGGCUGCCGCCGUUGUUGUCUAGCAUGUGGAUGGCAGGUAUUUAAAGCUGGGAAGGUUGGGCAGAAGCCUUUGGUAAUUCUUGGAGGAAGCAUAUCCAGUCCUGAAGAAUUCCCUCCUCAGGAAUAUGCCUCAACUGUGCGGCGAGCAGUCCAGUCUGGGAAUGUCAACCUGAAGGACAGGCUCACCAUUGAGCUGCAUGCGGACGGGCGCCAUGGGAUUGUCCGUGUGGACCGGGUGCCACUGGCAGCCAAGCUGGUGGAUCUGCCCUGCAUCAUCGAGAGCUUAAAAACCAUUGACAAGAAAACCUUCUACAAGACAGCGGAUAUUUGCCAGAUGCUUGUUUGCACUGUGGAUGGUGAUCUCUACCCGCCUUUGGAAGAGCAAACUGUGACCACUGACCCCAAGGCAAACAAGAAGAAGGACAAGGACAGGGAGAAGAAAUUCAUAUGGAACCAUGGCAUCACUCUUCCCCUGAAAAAUGUACGGAAGCGGCGAUUCCGGAAGACAGCUAAGAAGAAGUAUAUCGAGUCUCCUGAUGUGGAAAAAGAAGUGAAGCGUCUCCUGAGCACUGAUGCUGAGGCUGUCAGUGUCCGCUGGGAAGUCAUUGCUGAAGAUGAAACAAAAGAAGUGGACAACCAUGGUUCACUCACUAGCCUGGACAUCUCCUCCCCGGGGAUGUCAGGGCAUAAGCAAGGCCAUGGCUCCUCAGAACAUGAUGAACUGCGGGAGAUAUUUAAUGAUAUCAGCAGCAGCAGUGAGGAUGAAGAUGAGAGGGAUCAUCAUGAUGAUGAGGACCUGAACAUCAUGGACACCGAGGAAGACUUGGAGAGACAACUGCAGGACAAGCUGAAUGAGUCUGAUGGGCAGCAGCAGGAGAAUGAGGGGUCCAACCAGAUCGCCAUGGGCAUCCAGAAGCAGAUUGACAACCUGAAAAGUAAACUCCAGGAAACUCAAGACAGGAGGAAGCGCCAGGAAGAUCUCAUCAUGAAAGUGGAGAACCUUGCCCUCAAGACCCGUCUCCAGGCGGUGCUGGAUGAGUUCAAGCAGCAGGAAGAGCGGGAGAAGCAGCAGAUGGCAUCCCUGCAGGAGCAGCUGGAGUCCCUCAUGGAGAAGUGAGGAGUGGGCCUGGGUCUUCAUGAGUAGAGCUGGAAGUGGUGGUCAGCCGCCAUGCUGAAGUAUUUGAUUUUUUGGUGCUUUAGUUGCACACUUCUGCUGCCACAUGUGCUGCUGGGCAGUGGUAGAGGGUCCAUGUCCAAAGCUGAUUUCACAGCUGGGUUUGGCUGGUGGAGCUGAAGAAUUGGACUAUGCCUGUGAGAGCAGCCAAAACAACAGAUUUACUGUAAAUAGCCAGCACUGGCCUCCCUGGGACAGCAUGGUGCUGGUUUCUGCAUCUUACUGACUCUUGAGCUUGAUGGGCUGUGGCCUGGUGUUUGAGGAAUGCUUAUAUCUGCAAACCAAACUCAAUAAAGUUUCCUUUUCAA